UUGCUAGUAGUUGGUACUUCAUAUUUAGCAAUGAAAUGGCUAAUAAUUAUGGAUUUAACGAUUUAGUUAAAAAAUAUCCUAUUUUAUUUGAAAACAGUGAGAUAUCCGAAUUGUGGCAAUCUCUGCUGGCUAGUGUUUUAAACAACAAGAUCGAAAGUUUAGAAAAUAUAGUGUCGCAUUUAAGAGAAGAACCGGGUAAAUGGGUUCCAUCAAGUGAAAAAAUAUGGACUUUUACGAAAUUUUGCUGUCCUCGCUGUGUUAAAGUUAUUAUAGUUGGCCAAGAUCCAACCUUUGAUGCUAGUGGAUUAGCAUUCAGUAGUAGAGAAACCAUUUAUGAUUCUACAAGAAAUGUAUUAGAUGAACUUACAAGCGAUAUAGGUAUAGACAAUCUUAGACCCUUUCCAAAAGAUUGUGGAAAUCUGGAAUACUGGGCCAGACAAGGAGUACUUCUUCUAAAUUCAGCCCUUACAAAAUCCAUUAAUGGCGACUCUCACCUCUAUAUAGGUUGGCAAGAUAUUACUGGAGAAUUGAUUAAACAACUACAAGUAAUUAAUGAGAAAUUGGUAUUUAUGUUUUGGGGAUUGUACGCCAGAAGGUUAAAUGUAAAUGUCAAGCAACUAUUUGCUAAUAACUCGUGUAACAUCCUAAGUGCUGGCCAUCCCUCUUGUCGAAACGAAAAGAACGAUUUUUUUGGAUGUCAACAUUUUUCACAAGCUAAUAAAUGGUUAAAAGAACAUAAUAUUGAUACAAUAGAUUGGUGUCCAAUUCCUUCUUUUUUAAACCAAUGUGUGCACUUAGAAUGUGAUUUUGGUUUUGACCAAUAUUUUUUCUUGAUCGACAACUUCUAGCAAAAAGGAAUAUACUAAAUAUAUAGUUAUGCAUCGACGAUACAUAAAAUAUACAAUUUUUGGGUUCCAAUGGUUUUCUGGGCGAAAAAUUAUGGUGGAUCUAAUUUUAAGUCAGAGUAGUAUGCAAUCUGGUUCUGUUUUGUUUGGAUAAAAGUUUGUAUUUUUAUCAUAUAUUUAUAAAUGUUUACUAUCAAUCAUUAAAUAAGAGAAUUGUAAUUGUAUUGUAAUUGUCAUAUAAAAUAGGCAAAAAUAUGAAUAUACAGAAUGAUGCAAAAGUAUGAAAUAAAUUUUAGUCUUAAAAAAUCU